UGUUUUUCUGUCUUUGAACAGAUGCGUGUUCAUGGCCAUCUUCACGUUUGAAGCGGUGGUUAAAGUCGUGGCCCGAGGACUCUGUGCUGGACGCUUCACCUUCCUCAGAGACGGCUGGAACUGGCUGGACGUGCUGGUCAUCUGCACCGGAUAUCUGACACAGGUUGUAAAUGUGAGGAUAUUUACUGUGCUGGGCUCAGUCGCUCGUGUGCUGAAGAUCAUCCCAGUCUUCCCAGGUCUCAAGAAGACUGUUGGAGAUCUCGUCCAAUCAGUGAAGAGACUCGGUGGUGUCAUCGCUCUGAUGCUUUUUUUCUUUGGCCUCUGCGCUCUGAUUGGUCAGCAUCUCUUCAUGGGAAACCUGAAUCAUAAGUGUGUUGUGUGGCCGCCAGAGUCCUCAGACAACCAGAGCUCCCAGUACAACUACAGCCAGUCCAACUACGCCAAGUACAUCAACGACCACGCAAACUUAUACUACCUGCCCGAUCAAAGGGACGCUCUGCUGUGUGGAAACACCUCUAAUGCCGGGACCUGUCCUCCAGGUUACAGCUGUAUGAGGACAGGGAGUAACCCUGACUACGGAUACACCAGCUUCGACUCGUUCGGCUGGUCCCUGCUGUCUGUGGUUCGGCUGGUGAGCAAGGACUUCUGGGAAAACCUGAUGCUGCAGGUGUUGCGAUCCUCUGGGAAACCCUACCUCACUUUCUUCCUGCUCGUCGUUUUCCCCGCCGGGUUCUUUGUCCUCAGCCUCAUUGUGGCGGUGGUUGCCUUGGCAGCCGGCGAGCAGCAGGGCGCGGCGGUCAGCAAAUCAAAACAGAGAGAAGAAGAGUUCAGUCAGAUCCUGGAGGCGAUAAAGAGGAGUGAGGAAGAGGAGACAGCCAACAGGGCGGCACUCUCACAGGAACCAGAGGAGGAGAAGAAGGACAGCAUGGAAGGGUUGGAGGAGGUCCAGCGCUCGUGUCCUGCUUGCUGCUCUGUCACCUGUAAAGUCCUCCUGAAGUGGAACUGCUGUGGCUGCUGGCGGGGGAUCAAACAACUGCUCCAGGCCCUGGUGAGGGACCCGCUGUUCGACCUUGGGGUCGUGCUCUGCCUCGUCAUCAACACCAUCUUCAUGUCUCUGGAACAUUUCCCCAUGACGGAGCAGUUAAGCUCCAUGCUGAAUGACAUACAACUGGUCUUCACGGUGAUCUUUAUCGUUGAGAUGCUCCUGAAACUCGUGGCCUUCGAUCCGUACGGAUAUUUCCAGGUAUCCUGGAACGUCUAUGACAGCAUCAUCGUCUUCGUCAGUCUGCUGCUCCUCGCCGACAUCAUCAACCUGCCCUUCCUCCUAUUGAUGCGGUUCCUCCGGCUGGCCAGGUGGUGGCCGAUGCUCCACAUGUUGAUGAAGAUCAUCUGGACGGCUCUGAGUUCUCUGAGGAACCUGACGCUCCUCCUCUUCAUCACGCUCUUCAUCUUCUCCAUUGCUGGCAUGCAGCUUUUUGGAAAGGACUACAAAGACCAAGUCUGUCGCAUCGCAGAGGACUGCAAGCUUCCUCGUUUCCACAUGACAGACUUCUUCCACUCCCUCCUGGUGGUCCUCAGGGUUCUGUUCGGGGACUGGGUCGAGGCGCUGUGGGACUGCAUGGAGGUCUCCAGAAAGACAUCCUGUCUCCUCUUCUUCAUGAUGCUCCUCGUCUCAGGAAACCUGCUGGUCCUGAACCUGUUCCUGGUCUUGUUGCUGAGUCCGCUCCGUGGUCUCAGUCCGGCAGGUCCAGAAGAGAAGGUCAAUAACAACGUCCAGAUGGCUUUGAGGCGGAUCUACAGAGCUACUGGGAGUCUGCUGGGGAGGAAGACCGGCGCUAAACCAGAACUCACAGAGAGUGACGGACAGGAAGUGGACAGGAAGGAACACCUGGCUCUAGACAUCAGGACCAACGGAGAUCACGAGGUGCACGAGGAGACGCCUGAACAGAAAGCAAAAACUCCUGAAGGCCAUCAGCACGGAGACCCUGAGGACUGCUGCAGCCAGAAGUGCUGUCCCCUCCAGGUCGUAGACUCGUCCCGUGGAGCAGGGCAGGUCUGGACUAACUUCAGGAGGUUCUGCCUCUGCAUCGUCCAACACAAGCUCUUUGAGAUCUUCAUCAUCUUAUUCAUCGUGCUGAGCAGCGUGGCUCUGGUAGGCAUUCUGAUGUUUAUAUACAGUAUUGUGUCUUUGUGGUGGUUCUGUGUGCAUUGUGUCCCUGGUCAUGUGAUGCAUCGUGUCCCUGGUCAUGUGAUGCAUUGUGUCCCUGGUCAUGUGAUGCAUUGUGUCCCUGGUCAUGUGACGUGUCCCUGGUCAAGUGAUGCAUCGUGUCCCUGGUCAUGUGAUGCAUCGUGUCCCUGGUCAUGUGAUGCAUCGUGUCCCUGGUCAUGUGAUGCAUUGUGUCCCUGGUCAUGUGACGUGUCCCUGGUCAAGUGAUGCAUCGUGUCCCCGGUCAUUUGUGA